AUGGUCUACACGGCGUCCUUUGCCUUCUUCGAGGCGCUCUGGGAGUACGGCGUCAGUCACGUCUUUGUCAACCUUGGGUCCGACCAUCCCUCCAUCAUCGAAGCCAUCGUCAAAGGCCAGAAUGAGAAGAAGGGCCAAUUCCCCAAGAUCGUCACAUGUCCGAACGAGAUGGUCGCCCUUUCCAUGGCGGACGGAUAUGCCAGACUGACGGGCAAACCCCAAUGCGUCAUCGUGCACGUCGACGUCGGAACCCAAGGCCUCGGAGCCGCCGUACACAACGCCUCGUGCGGCCGCGCACCCGUCCUCAUCUUCGCCGGCCUCUCGCCCUUCACCAUCGAGGGCGAGAUGCGCGGCAGCCGGACGGAAUACAUCCACUGGAUACAAGACGUGCCGGACCAGAAGCAGAUUGUCGCGCAGUACUGCAGGUACACGGGCGAGAUCAAGUCGGGCAAGAAUGUCAAGCAGAUGGUCAAUCGCGCUCUGUCGUUCGCCAUGAGCGAUCCCAAGGGGCCUGUCUAUCUCUAUGGCGCGCGCGAGCCCAUGGAAGAGGACUUGACUCCAUACAAGCUGGAGAUGGACUUCUGGCAUCCGGUCGAACCCGCCGCUCUUCCUCCCAAGGGUGUCAAGACGAUUGCCGAGGCCUUGGUGAACGCUCAGGAGCCUCUCAUCAUCACCGGAUACUCGGGGCGAAACCACGAUGCCGUGCAAGAACUCGUGCGCGUGGCUGACAACGUCAAGGGCAUUCGCGUACUGGACACUGGAGGAAGUGACAUGUGCUUUCCCGCAAACCACCCCGCUUGGCUCGGCCUACGGUACGGCAACGACCCUGCCAUCAAGACGGCUGACGUCAUCCUAGUCCUCGACUGUGACGUGCCCUGGAUCAACACACAGUGCCAUCCCAAGGAGAAUGCCAAGAUCUUCCACGUCGAUGUCGACCCCCUAAAACAACAGAUGCCUGUAUUCUACCUAAACGCUACACAGCGAUACAGAGCCGACUCUUAUACCUCGCUGACGCAGCUCAACGAAUACUUUGAAUCGCAACUCAAAGAGAAGAUCUCUUCCCAGCUCUUCGAUCAACGGUGGACAGCGUUACAAGAGUCGCAUAAGAAGAAACUCGAAGGUAUUGCCGGGGAAGCCAAGGUCGACGACAAUGGCCAUUUCAGUACCCCAUAUCUUUGUUCUCAACUCAAGAAACUCUGCCCUAAUGACACCAUCUGGGCUAUAGAGGCUGUUACUCAGACUGGCUUUGUUGCGGACCAGAUUCAGGCUACGCUUCCUGGCUCGUGGAUAAACUGCGGUGGUGGCGGACUUGGGUGGUCUGGAGGUGGUGCGCUUGGCGUCAAGCUUGCGACUGACACAGAAGGAAAGAAGCAAUUCGUAUGUCAAAUUGUCGGCGACGGUACCUACCUGUUCUCUGUUCCCGGAUCAGUAUACUGGAUCGCGCAGCGCUACAAAAUCCCCAUCCUUACCGUCGUCCUUAACAACAAGGGCUGGAACGCUCCACGACGGUCGAUGCUACUCGUACACCCCGAUGGAGAGGGUUCUAAAGUCAGCAACGAGGAGCUCAAUAUCAGUUUUGCGCCAACUCCAGACUACUCAGGCAUUGCCAAAGCGGCCAGUGGUGGUCAGAUCUGGGCUGCACAUGCAUCCACUUCAGACGAGCUCAGCAGGCUGUUGCCUGAAGCCAUCAAGAGCGUACUCAGUGGAACAUCAGCAGUGUUGGAUGCUCACCUUGAGGGCCCAGAGGGAAAAUAUGGCGGAGGUAAGGGACGUCUGGGUUGA